AUGGAGGCAUGCAGCGACUGGGGAUGUUUUAGGAUUAUCAACCAUGGUAUUCCCUUGGAGUUGAUGAUGGAGAUGAAGAAGGCUUCCCGGUCGCUCCUCGACUUGCCGGAGGAGAUCAAGCUCCGGAACUAUAAUCCGGUGGAGGGCAAGGGGUACACUUCGCGGCACAAGGCUAGCUCCGUCUUUGAGGGUAUUGGCUGCUAUGACAUGGCUGCCCCAGGUGCCUUGACAACUUCUUUGACCAGCUUUAAUGCCUCUCCUGACCAAAGGGACGUUGUUAAGAAAUAUGCCUUUGCUAUACAUAAGCUUGGAAUGGACAUGGGAAGGAUUUUGCUUGAAGGGUUAGGGCUAGCCGGGGAUUUAUUUGAGGGGUGGCCAUGUCAACUGAGGAUGAACAAGUACAACUACACACCUGAAUUUGUCGGCUCAACCGGUGCUGUAUUGCACACGGACCCCGGAUUUCUCACCAUUUUGCAGGACGACGAAGCCAUCGUUGGCCUCGAGGCAGUGCACAGGGAGACCGUGAAUACGCCCGUCGAUCCCAUGCCCGGUUCCCUCGUCGUCAAUCUCGGAGACCUUGCUACGAUCUGGAGCAACGGAAGGCUGUUGAGUGUGAAGCACAGAGUGCAGUGCUACGAAGGCAAUGUGCGGGUGUCGAUCGCUCUGUUUGUGUUGGGACCAAAGAAGGGAGCAUUGGGAGCUCCGGAAGAGCUGGUGGAUGAUGAACACCCUCGCUUGUUCAAUCCCGUGAACUUUGAGGAUUACAGGAUGCUUCGUAUCACCACCAAAUCACCCACUGGCGCCAUCGAGCUACUCCGCAUCAAAUCUUGA